CUUUGCUUUUUGUGAAACAAAGUGCAUUAUGUAUACUGAGCAGAACUUGAAGUGAUGUAUCAGGAACAGGUGGUUGGAGGAUGGCAGCCAUUUCAAAACCUGCUGCUGAUACACAAAGCAAAAUUUUCAAUUAGUCAUAUUGAACACAAUAGUUAAUAUGUUUCAGCUUUUAUUCAAACACACUUUCUACUUUAUCAUGUCUACUACAUUUUCCUAUGCCUUAUGCACGUUUUUCAAUGAUGUGGUACGUUUUGAGUGAUUAUAAUCAUUGACUGACUUCAUUAUCAAAUAUAUCUCUUCUGAAUCAGUUAUUCCAUUAUAUUCAUUUCUUGUAAGGCAGCAGAGUCUGUCACCACCACUUAAUUAACAGUACUGAAAGUAUCCAGCAAAUGCAUUCAAAAUAUUAAAUACCAAUGACUAUUGUACGGGGAUGCGGGGGACAGUUUAUCAGUAGUAAACAAUGAGAAGGGUAGUCUGUUAAGCAGUCAUCGUCCGCUUAUUCCACACUGAUAAAGAACCUUGUAUUGUUCUUGUAUAUAGGUGCAUAGCAGUGAUUUCUGUCCUUAAAUAAGCAGGUUUUUAAGAAAAGAUUUGAAGACUAAAUUGUCUCUGUGCUGUGGACUAUUUUGGUUUUGCAGCCCAGAGACCAAGACUCGCAUUAUCUUGUAUGUCAGAUGCUAAGGGGGUUACUGGGUUCAGAUUAAAAUUAUUUAUGGCUGUUCUGUCUAAAACUAAGGGCCUAACUCUGAACUUUGUCUGAAAACCUAAUUUUCUGAAUACAACCUGCUCCUUACAGUGCCUCAUAUUACCCCAUGUAUGCAAGCCGAUCAUAUUUCAUUAUCCUCCUUUUCUUUGUCCCUUUCUUUGCCCUUCUUCACUCAAACUAGCAAAGAAGGACACAUUUAAGCUACACAUUUGCCACCUGUUCCCAUUCUCUUGUGUUGUGAAGUGAUCCUUUAUAUAAUUUGUGAUUUGUUAACUUUGUUAUAUUAAUGUAUUAAUGCUUUGAAGUGUGGAACUAGAAACCUUUAGGAACACUUCUAAUGGUGGUGAGAAUAAAAAAAGGAAUCAUGAAUAUCAUCUAGUUUUUCAUAUUGUGAAAAACAGAAUUGUUUCUGUUUCUGAAUUGUUCAGAAAUGCGGUUCCAUUUUUAACAGUUUCAGAUGUUGCUGUUCUGUCCCCAGUCCACAAAAUACAAACUAAUCUGCACAGACAGCACUUUUUAUUUAUUUAUUUAUUUCCCUUGGUUGUUGGCAUUACUGUGAACACAUUUACAAAAACGUAGCUAAAUGUUGUGUUGUUCCUGGCUAUCAGGAUGGCAAAUGUAUUUUUAUAUACAUUGCCAGAUACUCCACCAGAAGGUUUUCUCAAAACCUGCAACCUGUAAGUGAACCAUUUAAUUUUAAAGUUAUAUCUGGCUACUGAGUUUGCAACUUAAGAGCUUUCUCUGCACUACAGAUGCGCUGUUAAUGUCCUCUAUUUCAGAUUGUGUAUCAUCUCAGGGUGUCUGAGUACAUUACUAGCUGAAUCAUGGCUAUAAUGUAAAAUUCAUAUUCAACCUCCGCCUUUUGUCUAUAUAAAACAGCCUACUGCACUCAUUAUCUUUUCUGACAAUUUUUGGAUCAGAUUGCGGCUCAAACAUUGAGUCGAUAUGUUGAUAAGAUUUCAUUGUUUCAUCUUCCAGUGUUUUUCCACUGUACAAUUCGGCACAUGUUAUAAGUGGCAGUGGAGUGUAUCUCAUUUCACAUGUGGUCAGCCAAUCAGAACAGAGGCCAAUUAUCUAGCCGUCUUAAAAGCACAGGAGAAAAAUUGUCCCUUUUAAUUAUAAUGGAUGAUGAGAGGUUGGAAAAUGGUCAUGUAAAAAUGAAUAACGACUCCAUUUGGUACAUAAAACCACAAAAACUGUAAGUGGUUUUUUAGACAAAGAAUAUAAAGGAGGAAACUUGAACAAUAGAGGCUCUUUAACAAUAAUGUGAAUUUUGAACACAGAAGGUGAAUGAGUGAGAUGAGAAGCAACACUAAUAGCAGGAGUCAUGGAAUAUUACUUUCUUUUUAGGCACUGUACCUGGUGAACUUAAUAUCAACAGACUUCAGGAAGUUUUUGUAAAAGAAUUUUUAAUAAGAUAUCAGGUUAAAGCUCUGUGUGUGUUAGAGGGGUUGAUGAACUCCCUUUCCUUCCUCAGGACAGGACAGCAUGGCCAGGAAAACACGGCAUGCAUGUGCGGGAAAACAGGGAGGAAUGUUUAGAAGAAUACACAAUGUAGAGUGGAAUUUAGUGAUUUAUGUGGUCUGAGUUAUACUAUAAUACACUUAAAAACCCAAUCAAGACAGAGCACUGUUUCCUCAGUAACAGCACUGUUUAAACCCAAUUACAAAGCUCAAAAUAAUGUUUGAGGUCAUUAACACAUUAACUUAUUCAACAGUGUUUCGGUAUUAGUAGUGAGGUGAUUGUUAAAGCUAUUUAAAUGCACAUUUGACCAAUGUGUGAACAUCAGUUUUGUGCUGUUCUUGGCCUUGGCCAAAGUGACAGUAAUCUGUCUGUGUACUUAUGCCACCACUCCAGAUUAAACUUCAGUGUUGUAGAACAAUAAAUCGGUAAUGACUCUUGCAGCCCUAAUACUGCAUUAGUCAUAAUAAAUAGUAAGGUUUUUUUUUUUCUUUACUGUCUGUCUUUUCAUUGUUCUUUGUGUACCUGUGAACCUGUGACACUAGUGGACUUUGUUUCCUAUUUAUUGCUGUGUUUGGGCAAGGUGGUGUGUCAGUGCUUGUGAGCAGCUGUGGGCUGGUGUGAGCUCAUUCUCAACACCUUAAAGGAUAGGCAGCAUUUGAGUAUGUGUUACUGUACCCUAGCAUCGGAACAAACUGCAAACAUAUGUUCCAGAUGUUCAGUAAAGCUAAUCUUCCAUCAGGGUCAGGUCAGGGUAUGUGUAAAACUGCAAGUAAAAACAUUUUUUUAAAUACAAAAAAAUCUUAGACAGGACGUUUAUUCCUAUACUUAGGUAGCAUAUACAAAUAUUUUUAGUCCUAAAAGUUCUCUCAAAUUGGCAAGUAUUUUGGGGUGCUUUAAAGGAGGCAGAAGCGAGGCAACACAAAGACAGAAAAGACAUGUGCCUACAGUCUUCUGUGCUUAUCAAAGCUAAAAACAAAAUCACUCAGACAGCCACAGCUAGCUAGGAUGCUCAUUAAAAAAAAUGAGUCCAUGAAUUGAUUGACUAAGAUUUUAACAAACAAGGUUUAAUGACUAAUUUGUUUAGAUUUUGGGGGAAAAGAACCAAAUAUAUUUGUUAGACAAUAUCACAGACAGGAGCAGGUGGAAUUGUUGAAACUUAUUGGAUUGGCUAAAAAAAAAAAGUCCUCUGCACACCUCUGUUAUACAUUUAGUUUCUAUGAAAGUCUGCCACUCCCUUAAAGCCCUCUUGGGUGACAGCGGUCCAACAAACACCGGUCCUUUUGGGCUAGGCAUUAUGCCAGUGGAAAUGUCAUUAAUAUAUCAAAUGGAAAUUAUACUGUGUUAUCAAUUUCAGGGUCUACCAUCCACCUAAAAAGUUUUUUAAAUACAUAAUAUCAGUGGAGUGAUGAACUAAGAACUAUGAACUAAGCACUAAUGACUAAUGACUGCUUUUCAUGAGUUAACUGCCUUUCUUAAUUUCAGUUCAGCUUUAACUGGAAAGCCCCACAGUGUAUUGAAAAUUGUAUUCACAGCAUGAAGAAGUGCUACUGUAUGCUGAUGAGACAUGAGUAUCUACACUUUUAAAUAAGUCUGACAUGUCUAUCAGCUGUCUCUUUUGUGCAUUUUUUUAAAAAUUCUGCAUAUGUUGCAUGUGUAAAUGCAUGUCAGCCUAAUUGUGAGUGUCUUAGUGUAGGAAUAUCUGUGAGUAAUUCUAUCCAAUGGUUGCACAGGUGAUACUAAGCUGAAUAUAGAGCCUUUUGGCCAGCUGGCCAUACUAUUUAAAACUGGGAAAGGACCCAAGGGGGGGGGUGAAAUUUGCAGGAGCUACACAGAGGAUUAAGAACACACAUGGAUGCUCGUCAAGAGCUGGAAAUGCUCCCCGAAACUCCUGCACCUUGUCCCCAUGGUAGGAGUACAAAGGUCAUAGGAGAUUCCCAUUCUCUCACCGACCUUUUUCCUGUCAUUCGCUAUCAAGUUGUAAUGAAACAAAGAGCUUCUAUUUUACUGUACAGUGCAACAUAAUGAGAAAAACAUGAUCUCAGCCUGUAAGCACCUCUUGAAAUAUGAACAGCCCAUUAAUAUCCGGUGUUGGAAGAGGACUGCUUGAUCUUUUUUUAACCCCUUUUAUAGGUCAGUUUUAUCACUAAUAAAAAUAUGCAGGAUAUGACUACAUAAAGGUCAUUCAUAGUUUUGGUAAAUGUCCUUUUUUUUAGUGUGUGUAAUUUGUGAGUGGUUGGUUUAGUUUGGGUUGGUGUAAUUUGAUAUCAGCAAGAGACUGCAAGUUGUAAUGAGUGAACGAGUGGCAACAGCUGAGGUGGAUCGUGCAGUCACUGACCCUCAGUAAUCUCUUCCUCUGACUGUCUGUGUGUGUGUUGGGAGAGAGCGAAUGGUGCCCUGAGAGCAGGUUUUCUUGCUGGUAGCAUGUCCCUGUCCUCUUUGCUGCAUCUCACUUUUUUUGUUUGGUUCUCUGGAUGUAAUUCAUGGGUAGAUCCUCUGUGUUCAGUCUGGAGAUUUGUCAUUUGCCCCUGCUACAAGAAAAGAGGAAAGUCAGAGGAGAAGGAGAAGCAGAGGCGAGUGGUGAUUUUGACUAGACAGAAGUGGAACUUGUGUGCUAUUCAUAGUGUGAACUUCUUAAUCUCUGACUUGAAAAAACUUUGCUCUUGUUUUGAACAAAUAUAAUUAUUAAGGAAAACUUUCCUUCUGUGAGCCACUGCAAAUGUGAUUUUUCACACCUGAGGAAAACAGCUGUGAUAUUGGUUUCUGAUUCCUGCUUUCUUAGUCUCUAUGCUAAAUUGAGACCAUAGCAGGAUCAGUAUCGUCAAUGCUGGAUUCAGUCAUGCUGGACACCAACCAUUGCUUCCACUUUGAUAGAGCCUCUUUUGAGGAUCAACCAAACAGAACUGAUCAAGAUAAACAGCCUCUGAGGCUAGACUAUGACAGACAUGCCUAUCAUAGCCUUAAAGAAGUCCUCCAAAUCAAACUACAGCAGAGGAGGACACGAGAGGAGCUCGUCAGCCAAGGAAUCAUGCCGCCACUGAAGAGUCCUGCUGCCUUUCAUGAGCAGAGAAAAAGUCUUGAGAGAGCACGGACUGAGGACUAUCUGAAGAGAAAGAUCAGGAGUCGGCCAGAGAGGUCAGAGCUGGUGAGGAUGCACAUACUGGAGGAGACGUCAGUGGAGCCCUCUCUGCAGGCCAAACAACUGAAAUUAAAGAGGGCUCGCUUGGCUGAUGACCUCAACGACAAAAUCUCUCACCGGCCCGGCCCUAUUGAGCUCAUCCAUAAGAACAUCCUGCCUGUGCCUACAUUGUUAGGUGCAGGUUCUCCAAAGGGUGAGAAUUCCUCAUUGGAUGAGGACAGCAGUGAUGGCCUAUCUCCUGAACAGCCAGGCAGUCAGGACUCUCCACUUGGCUCUGUCCCUCAGCACUCCCCCUCUGAUAUGCUUAAUCUGAACAGAAACCCCUCACCCACACAGUUCCUCACUCAGGCUGCACCGUGUCUUCUUAAUGCCCCUGAGUCCUCUUCUCCACAAAACCUGACCAACGGAACAUCGAUGGUUGCAAGUGCCCGUCCUCCUACUGGAUCUGCCAAAUCCCAGUCAAAGUCUAGUGUUGAUCGUUCUGCUCAGCGCACUAAGAAGCCUAAAGAAAACAAACCUAAGGUGAAGAAGCUCAAAUAUCACCAGUACAUUCCUCCUGAUCAGAAGAAUGACCGUGAGCCCCCUCCCCAGCUGGAUUCAUCUUACGCCAAGAUCCUCCACCAACAGCAGCUCUUCCUCCAGCUCCAGAUCAUCAGCCAGCAGCAGCAGCACUACAACUAUCCCGCCAUCCUACCUGCUCCACCCAAACUUCCUUCUGAACAGCAGCCACAGCAGCAGCAACAACCAGCCAAUUCUGGCCCUUCCCCGUCUCGGUCAGUUUCCACAUCUGGUGCCGCAUCCACUCAGAAUGGAGCUAAUCGUUCAAGCCAGCCAGUGGCAGGAGGGGCCAAGCCAGGAGUAUUGCCCGCAAACUUGGAUGAAUUCAAAGUUGCAGGGCUUAAACAUGAGCUGAAACUGAGGGGUUUGACUGUGUCUGGCACUAAGAACGACCUCAUAGAGAGACUGAAGAACUACCAGGAACAGAAUGGUGGUGCAGCAGUAGCAGCGGUAGGGUCUGGACCAGUGAAAACGGUUCAAAUUCCACCUCAGGAACUGGCAGCUCAGUCCUCCAUCUCUAUCCCUGGCACACACCAGUCUAAAGACACCAUCGGGAAGGUGGCAACCUAUUCAGUUGCAGUGAGCAGUGGCAUCCAAGCUUCAACCCUGCCCCAAAUCACACGCUUCAACAGUACAAGCUCCUCCCCUCCUGUAUCUCCUACACCAUCUGAACCCUCUGUGGCUGGAACAAGUGCUGAUGAGACCAGCUGUAAUGGGGAUGUGUUUGGAGAAAUGGUUAGCUCACCUCUCACUCAGCUGAGUCUGCACCCAUCCUCAGAACAUCCAUCCCCAGUUAAAGAGGAGCCUCUUGGGCAGUCAACAUGCUGUAUGUCCCACCCCAUUGUUGUCCCUUCUUCAGCUACACAGCCUCAGGAGCCUCUAAUGGCAGGCCCAAUGGCACACUCAGCACCUCUGCUGGACAAAGACCAGAUGCUGCAAGAGAAGGAUAAGCAAAUCGAGCAGCUGACCCGCAUGCUAAGGCAGAAGCAGCAGCUUGUGGAGACUCUCCGCUCACAGCUUGAACAGGGCAAGCGUGGAUCGACCAUAGAAGGAAUGGACAUAACAGUCAAGACUGAAGGAGUAGCCCUGGCCAACAGGGAGGGUGUGAAGGUAAAAGAGGAAGCAAAGGAGGACAUGGAGACGUCAACAGAACCGCAGCCACAACCUCAGAGAAAGAUGCAAACACAAUGUUCUCAGCAGACACUGCUCAAACUGCAGCAGAUUCACCGACUGCAGGUGCAGCAGCAGCAAAUGCAGUCAGAGCAGUCAAAACAGCAGUCAGAGCAGUCAAAACAGCAGUCAGAGCAGUCAAAACAGCAGCAGCCACAGCCACUGCAACAACAGAAGCUGCAACAGCUCAUUAUCCAGCAGAGCCAGCAGAAGCAGCUACAGGCCAAUCAAAAGAAGCAGCAGAGGCCACAAAAACAGCAGCAGAAACAACAACCGUUACAGACACAACAGGUCUCCCAAGUGUUUGUCAACCAACAAACUGGUACUCAAGUGACCACAUCGUUCCCCCUGGAUCUUCUCAAAGCUCAUCCAGCACCCACUCUUGUCACCGAUGGCAAUGGCAACCAUUACCUCAUUGCACUUACCAAUAACAGUGUGGACAACCGGAACAGUGAAUCUCCACAAAGCAAAACCAAUGGACGCAUCACCCUACAGAGAAUGCAGUCCACGCCUGUCAAGCUCCCCAGCCAAUCGGCUAAUGAGGUUGCUCAUCCUGUGAACAAAUCCCAACAGCCCCAACAAACUGCUCCUGUCAAACAGCCCACUUCAAAAGUACAAAAGGCAGGAUUGCACUUACAAACUCCUUUUGUUCAGGAGUCAAGUCAGUCAGUGUCAGCCCCACCCAAACUUCAUCCCUUUUUCCUCAGUGAAGAGCCCCACCCUCUCAUCGAGCCUAGUUCCCCUACUUCACACAAGGGAGAGGUGUGUCCGUUUGACCGACACACUUUAUUUACACCUCCAUCUCCAAAACCGGAAUCCCAUAACCCUCAUCAUGUCAAAGAGAAUGGUUCCAACAAUCAUCAUAUAGACGAUUUGUUUGACAUUCUCAUCAAGAGUGGAGAAAUCUCAGCAGGAUUCAAGGCUAAUCCAGACCCUUCUCUCUCAGAGCUGCACUCCAAUCCCCCCUCUCCUCCAUCCUCCCCGCUUCAUCUCUCACCCCCCACUCCUCCGACUGACCCCACCCCUUCCCAUCAGCCUCCUGACACACAGCAUCGGUCCUACUCAGGAAGCGGCCGUCUGGAGGACUUCCUGGAGAGCACCACGGGGACACCGCUGCUUGGCGUGGACCCUGAUGGUCCGCUGACGCUCAUUGAUGAUCUCCACAAUCAAAUGCUGAGCACUUCUAGUAUUCUUGAUCAUCCCCAUUCCCCAAUGGACACCAGUGAGCUGAGCUUCUCCCCCCAUCCCACCAGCUUGGACUUUGAAGACCCUGUGCUUGAUGGCAUGGACUGGCUGGACUUAUCCAUGGGAGGAGGGAGCAGUGCAGGAGGGACAAUCCUAGUUCCUCUGAGUUCACACACACCUCCCAGUGUUUUCUCAGCAGACUUUUUGGACAGUACAGACCUGCAGCUCCACUGGGACUCUUGUUUGUAGCUUUGGUCUUAAUUGCUUAGCAAAUACAAUGCAACCUAGCACCUUUGCUCAUAUACAGUGUACAGCCUUUACACACACGCACACACACUCCAACAUACAUGCUGUUUCAAAUGCUAAAACCAUUUAAACUGGUGUAUGAUUAUUUAAGCAUUCAUUUGCUUAAUAAGUCUAUUAAAGCACUGAGUAUCACCCCUUAUACCCUCAUGGUACAGUGCACUGUGUUCAUCUCUUCUCCAAAAGAGUAACUAAUGUAUUAUCCCCACCCCCCCACCUCCAAAAAAACCCUCAUUAUAUUUGUCAAUCAUUUUCACCUCGAAAUAAAAUGGUUGCACCAGCUGUUUGGAUGGUUACGUAAUGAGGGUUUCAAGCUCACACAGCUGGUUGCUCAUGGUCCUGAAUAAAGAGUAUUUGAAUCCUGGCAGUUUCUAAAUGUCAGGAUUUUCUGGAGUUAUUCAGAAAGACAGUGUUUAACUAUGUGGGUUACCUCCCUCAUGCCAUAUCGCUGUCACUCCACCAUACUUUCCCUGCUGGCACUGAGAGACAUGGGCACAUGAUGAAAGAAAGGAGUAGGCAGAGAGAGUCUUCACCCAAUUUCUAAGACUGGCUUUGGAAUUGCUUCUAAAAUGCCAGUGCUUUCAACUUUGCACUUAUGCUGACCUGGCCACUGGUUUAAGGAAACCUCCAACCGAACAAACUCUGCUGGGAACUGGGUUUGGUGAUGUUCACCUUACUCUAUGCAUUGCUGUAUUUGAGGUACAUGUUAUUGACUAAAGCCUUUCUGUUCUCUGAUUGCAUAAUUGAGCUACUGGACGACAGGUUUGGGAUUCAGAUUUCAGAAUAUUUGAAAAUUGUUAUUUUUUAAAAAGAAAAAAAAAAGAAAAAAAAUAAAUAAAAUACGAAAGUGGGUUUUGGUUUUGCAUUA